UUCGAUGACCUUAGUGAUAGGUGACAAUUAUGAAUAACCUUCGUGAAAAAAGUUGAACCAGCUUACAAACCGAUUGCGUAAAACUUCAAAUCAAAUAAAAAAACCCUUCUCCAGAGAAGCAAGAAGAAGAAGAAGAUGAAGGCGAUUGUGAUUACGAAGUCCGGCGGGCCAGAAGUCCUGCAGAUACGAGAAGUCGAUGAGCCCAAAAUCAAUGACAAUGAAGUUUUGAUCAGAAUUGCAGCCACCGCACUCAACCGCGCCGACACACUGCAGAGGAUGGGCAAGUACCCUCCUCCCAAAGGCGACAGCGAGUAUCCGGGCCUCGAGUGCUCCGGCACAAUCGUAGCCGUCGGAAAGGACGUCCACCGCUGGAAGAUCGGCGAUCAGGUUUGUGCUCUUGUUGGUGGAGGGGGAUAUGCCGAGAAAGUUGCAGUGCCCGCCGGGCAAGUUCUUCCUGUUCCGGCUGGUGUUUCUCUGAAGGAUGCAGCUAGUUUUCCAGAGGUGGUCUGUACGGUUUGGUCCACUGUGUUUAUGAUGAGCCGAUUAUCUAAAGGAGAGACUUUCCUGAUACACGGGGGCUCCAGUGGAAUUGGUACUUUUGCUAUUCAGCUUGCUAAAUACCAUGGCAUCAGAGUUUUCAUCACUGCAGGAAGUGAAGAAAAACUAGCUGCCUGCAAGGAACUUGGAGCUGAUGUUUGCAUCAAUUACAAGACUGAGGAUUUUGUUUCCCGAGUGAAAGAAGAAACUGGAGGACAAGGUGUUGAUGUCAUACUAGACAACAUUGGCGCAUCAUACUUGAAGAAGAACUUGGAGAGCCUGAAUUUUAAUGGGAGGCUUUUCAUAAUUGGGUUUAUGGGUGGGUCAGUGACUGAAAUAAACCUUGCCAGUUUACUAGCUCGACGCCUUACAGUCCAGGCUGCCGGCCUGAGGAGUAGAAGUACAGAAAACAAGGCUCAGAUUGUUAGUGAAGUGGAAAAAAACGUGUGGCCGGCAAUUGCGGCAGGCAAGGUCAAACCAGUCAUUUACAAGUCUUUUCCAUUAGAAGAAGCUGCAGAAGCUCAUCGGCUCAUGGAAAGCAGCAAGCAUAUAGGAAAGAUUAUCCUCAGCGUUGAAUAAAAUGCCGUUUCCAGGUAAUAAAUAUUGUGCUGUAUCACUUCAAAUGAGACGUGGGCUUUUCGUUUUCAUCUUGUUUGUAUUUGUCCUUAUGAUGGGGAAUGUAAGUGAAACAUGGUGUGAACUUUGUUAUAAACUUAUAUGCUAGGUUGUUUACAUCACUACUGUCUAAUUGUUGUUUUGUGAAAGAAAAUCUUCUAUUGCUUACUAUGCGUGCAACUGUUGAAUGCUGAUUGGCG